AUGGCGCCAGCGGCGGCCACCCCACCCCGGUGACCCCCGCUGUCCCCUCAGUGUCCCCUCAGUGUCCCCUCAGUGUCCCCUCAGCCUCCCUCCCCUCAUGAGGGCAGCGCCGCCGCCAUUACCUGCAGCUCGGCCCUCUCCGCUUCCCAGCGCCCUUUCUCCGCCUCGAACCGCGCCCACUCGUGCUGGAUGAAGUGCAGGAUGCCCGGCAGGCUGAGGCCGCGCCACCGCGUGGUCACCGCUGGUAUCGCCACCACCGCCAAAGAACCGAGCGCAGCAACGCCUCCGAAUGAACUAAUUACCCAACCAAUUAACUAAUUAACCACCCAAUGAACUAACUAACCACUUAAUUCAUGAAUUAUUAACCCACACCAUGAGGAUCACCCCCUGCCAGGCCGCCCUGGCCGCCGCCAUCGCCCUCAACCUCCUCCUGCUCCUCUGCUCCCGCCUGCUCCCCGGCGCGUCCCCUCAGUGCCACCACCCCCGGCGCGGCGCUGUCCCCGAGGCCGUCCCCGGUGUCACCGUCAUCCUCCGCGAUUUUGACGGCCCUGACCACGACGUGGCCGCCACCGCCCGCUCCUUCUCCGCCCUGCCCGGCGUCCCCGUGCUGGUGGCCGCCGAGGUGUCCCCGUACCCGCCGGUGCCGCUCCCCGCCGGUGUCACCGUGCUGUCCCUGCGGCCGGAGCCUCACCGGCCGCCCCCGCGGCCGGAGCUGGCCGUGCGCACUCGCCACGUGGCCUUGGUGCCGGACGGCGCCCGCGCCGUGCCCGGCCUGCUGAGGCGCAUGAGGGACGUCCUGGAAGCCACCUCAGAUGCCACCAUCAAGGUGGUGGCGGCGGCCGUGGGGCAGCGGCGGCCGCGCUGUUUGACCUUGGAGGUGGACAUCAAAGCGUGGACGGCGCGCUACGGCCACGCUGACCAGCAGAGUGACCAGAGGAAUGACCAGCACGGUGACCAUCACGGUGACCGCUGCGGCGCUCUGGACGGCGCCCCGGCCGUGCUCCUCCUCCGCACACGCGACCUCUUCGCGCUCCCCUUCCCGCUCGCCCGCCCCAUCGUCACCUCGCUGUCCCUCCAGGCCGCCGCGCGCGGUUGGCGCCUCCUCCUCCUCCCCGCCGCCUUCCCCUCGUCCCCGCGGCCGCCUCUGUCCCCUCACGCCCUGUGGAGAGCCCAGAGCGCUUGGGACGCGCAGCGCCGGGCGCUGCUGGAGCGCUUCGGCGUCAAGCUGGAGGUGCUGCCCGACGGCUCGCGGCGCUGGCACGGCUGCGCCAAGGACACGCCGCGCUGCUUCGGCACCGUGCGCUGGCAAACCCCCGAGUACCUGCUGGCCGGGCGCUGGACGCCGCCGUGCUGCCUGCGGGCGCUCCGCGCCACCGCCCGCCACGUCCUGGCGCAGCUGGAGAGCGCCGGCAUCCGCCACUGGCUGGAGGGAGGGACGCUCCUGGGCGCCGUGCGCCUCGGGGACCUCAUCCCCUGGGACUACGACGUGGACGUGGGGCUCUACCGCGAGGACGUCCCCAUGUGCCGCUGGCUGGCCGAGGUGGUGGCCUCGGGCGGGCCCGUGGAGGAUCCCCAGGGCUUCCUCUGGGAGAAAGCGGCCGAGGGGGAAUUCUUCCGCGUCCACUUCAGCCGCGCCAACCGGCUGCACGUGGACCUGUGGCCGUUCUACGUGCGGCCCGGCUCGGCCGUCAUGACCAAGGACACGUGGCUGGGCCACCGGCAGGACGUGGAGUUCCCCGAGAGCUUCCUGGUGCCCCUGGGCACGGUGCCCUUCGCCGGCGUGCUGGCCAAAGCGCCCAACGACCCCCGGGCCUUCCUGGAGCUCAAAUUCGGGCCCGGGGCCAUUGAGAACCCCGAGUACCCCAACCCCGGCGUCAGGAGGUUGGCGCAGGACGUGGGCAAUAAAACCGCACGGUGACAUCUGUGUCACCCUUGAUGUCACCCUUGGGGUCCCUGUGCCACUUUACCUGGCCCUGGUGUCACCUCUGGGGUCCCUGUGCCACCAUUGGUGUCCCAAUGUCACCUUUGGGGUCCCUG